AUCGUAGUGUGGGUCCAUCGCUAAUUUUCCUUCAGCUCUAUCACUCCCAAGCUAUACGGACAAUUGUAAAUCAUUUGACAGUGGUGAGGGAUGCAACUGUCUUCGGAAACGUCAGCCUCCGAAUCUGAAAAUAUCAUUUGAAUUGGCGGAUGUCUACGUUAAGCGAUUCAUUUGGGGUACUAAAGUUUGUAUCGUUGUUUGCUUUUAAGGUUACGUACCUUUACGGUGUUUAGAGUACACUAGAUAUAAUAGAGUGCCUGUCAUGGAUUUAUGGUGCUGUUGGUUAUGGAGAGGGUGAUAGUCAUAAUGACAGUGAUGAUGGUGAUGACAAAUAUCAUGAAUAUAGCUUCGGUUGGAUACCAAUAACUUUGUAAGGCACCUGACAAAUGGUUGCAGCCUGCGGUAUGGUUAUGCGCCAGGGUGGGACACGGCGCAAUGUCCGAAUCCUCUUGGUGGGAGAACACGGGGUUGGUAAAACUUCGUUGAUUUUAUCGUUGGUCAGUGAGGAAUACGCGGAGGAAGUACCGAGCAAAGCUGAGGAAAUAACAAUCCCUGCCGAUGUUACUCCGGAGCAAGUUCCCACCCACAUCGUGGACUACUCGGCUGCCGAGCAAACCAAUGACCAACUGUCAGAAGAAAUUCAGAAAGCGCAUGUGAUCUGUGUGGUAUAUUCGGUUGAAGAUGAAGAUACCUUGGACAGAGUAGCCAGCUACUGGUUACCUUUGAUCAGACAAUGCUCGACAACCAACAGAUGUCCAGUUGUUCUUGUCGGCAAUAAAAUUGAUCUUGUCGACUACUCCACCAUAGAGGCUGUCUAUCCUAUCAUGAAAGAGUUCUCCGAAAUUGAGAGUUGCAUUGAGUGCUCUGCCAAGACGUUGCAGAAUAUUUCGGAAAUGUUUUAUUACGCACAAAAGGCUGUACUCCAUCCUACAACUCCACUGUACGAUUACGACACACAAGAGCUGACAGAAGAAUGUAAAACUGCCUUGCGGAGAAUAUUCAAGAUUUGUGAUUUGGAUAACGAUGGUUUGUUGAACGACAUGGAACUAAACACGUUCCAACAGUGGUGUUUUAAUACUCCUCUACAGCCCCAAGUUCUUCUCGACGUAAAGGCAGUUCUUUCCAAAAAUAUUGCAGACGGGAUCAGCGAAGGAUGUGUAACUAUGAACGGCUUCAUGUAUCUACAGUGUUUAUUUAUUCAACGUGGGCGUAACGAGACAACCUGGGCUGUCCUGAGGAAAUUUGGCUAUGACAACGAUUUACAGAUGUCCAAGGAAUACGUUAAUCCUCCUCUGAAAGUGCCAGCUGGUUGUACAACAGAAUUAUCACACAAAGGACAUGAAUUUUUGGCGGUGCUUUUUAUGCAGCACGACCGCGAUCACGAUGGUGCACUGUCUCCCCUAGAAAUGGAUAUGCUAUUUUCCCGAUGUCCAAGCCCACCUUGGGGAGAUGAAUACCGAUACAUGGUUACUACUAACGAAAAGGGUUGGAUCACUUUUCAAGGAUUCAUGGCUCAAUGGGCAUUCAUAACGUUAACCAACGUGCGGAAAACCGUAGAAUACAUGGCUUACCUUGGCUACAACAUGUACAACAACGAGUGUCAGACGAAUGCGAUUAAUGUAACUCGUGAAAAAAAGCUAGAUUUAGCGAAGAAGCAGUCCAGUAGAAACGUCUACAGCUGUCAUGUAAUCGGACCCAAGAGCAGCGGUAAGACGACCUUGUGCAGAACCUUCAUAGAUCCGAUGCUUGAGAAAUUAAAACCAGAAAUAGUUCCCCCCAACGCACACGUCACAGUCAAUACCGUUCACGUGUACGGCCAGGAGAAAACCAUCGUUCUCAGAGAUAUUAACAUCCUCAAUGUUCAAGAUGCUCUGAGUCCGGGUCAAAUUCAAUGUGAUGCGGCAGCCCUCGUCUACGAUGCCAGUAAUCCGAAGUCUUUCGAGUACAUCGCUCGGAUUUUUAUCAAAUACUUCGCAGAUAGUAAGAUUCCAGUGUUGAUAGUAGCUAAUAAAAGUGACCUGACCGAAGUGAAGCAGGAGUAUCUUCUGCAGCCCGCCAGCUUCUGCAACAAAUAUAAACUGAUGCCACCGCAGCCUUAUAGCGUUACACGGACCGUGCGUCGAGAAAUAUUCGUUAAGCUAGCUACAAUGGCGGCAUUCCCCCGCUUUCAAGCAGCGUGGGUAUUGUUUUACAAGCACAGUCCAUUGAGGCGUAUGGUCCACAUGUUACUUGUCAAACCCUCAGCUAUUGAAUGGUGGAGUUCGUUCAGAAGGCACAUGAAGCAGUUUGGCUUGAUCCAAGGAGAAUCUGUCGUUUGGUGGAAAGCUGGACUGGGGCUCGCCGUCGCAACUGUAGCUGGAUUCGUUGUGAUGCGGGUUCUCAAUACCGACAAAAGAUAGUUUAUAGUAGUUUGAGUUUGGGCUAUUCUACCGACAAACUUCAUUAAUAGAUAAUCCCCACAUAUGCUAAUGAUAAUGAUAAUGAAUACCGAAUACGCAACAACAACACCGCAGAACACUCACACUUCCUACAGUGUGACAUACAAAUACACUUCAUGAAGUCUAAUAAACUCUAAUGGUAAGAUAUCCGAAUGAAUAAUCUAUUACAUGUCGAGUUGCUGCAUUUGUUUGAGAAUAAAACGACCUGUGUACGCAAUUUCUGUAAUGACGUUACUCAAAAGAAACGAAAAAGAAUCAUGUACGCACAGAAACGUACACGCAGACUAAAAGAUGAGUAAUACGUCUUUUGUGUACGUUGCGUUAUCGUUGAAUACAGAAAAAUCGAUUAUAUGCAUACAAUUGAUCGCAAUAAAGUUUUGAUUGUCCA